AUGCGAACUGCAACGCGAUCGAAUUUCGCAGUACUCUUGGUGUUCCUUACAAUUUGUAUGACUUUUAUCAGUUUUCAUUUAUAUCAAAGUAGUAAAAGUCGACAACAGACAACUCAAAUUAUUUCAACUGCUACUGCUGCUGAACAAAAAACAUUUCGAUUACUUCCCACAACCUUAAAAAAUGAAAAAUAUACUGAUAAAGUAAUAACAGUUCCAAUAACUACAAUUGAAGACAAGUCAACAAACAGUGAAAAUAUAUUUGUGAAAUAUGCAAGCGAUGAACAUCUUCGUUCACUUCUUCAUCAACAAUCAAACUCUCACGGUCAAGUUAUUGCAACGAUAAUCGGUGGUGAUAGUUAUUCAUUAUUUGCUUGGGAUUGGUAUGAAAGAAUGUUAGAAAUAUCCAAUGAAACCAAUAAUUGCCAUUGUUUUGUUAUUGCUAUGGAUGAAAUUGCUGUUAUUUUAUCUCUCAAACGAAAUAUACCGGUGUAUUAUUCAACAUUUUCAUUUGAUCGACAAAUGCAAUGGAUCAACACGAUUGAAGCACGACAACAUUCACUUUAUCGCGUUGGACAUGCAAAAUUUGAUACAUCAGCUAGAAUUGUUCGGUUAGGUUAUUCUAUCAUGCUUAGUGAAAUGGAUGUUUUCUGGAGAAAGAAUCCACUCGAUUAUUUAAAAGAACCAUUCGAUGCUUAUGAUUUACAAAUAAGUCAUCACUAUGGUGCUCAUCCACGUGUGAAUAUAGGUUUAUUUUUUGUUCGACCAACGAAUGCAUCUAUAUUAUUCUUUUCCCAUGUUGCUGAGUUUUGGGUACGCUAUGGUAAAGGUGGUUAUCUUUCUGAUCAGCGAGUAUUGGAUGCUUUACUUAAUAAUUACGAUCGACUAGAUAAAACUUAUUUAAAAGCAAUGAAACCCAUGCCACCAUCGUCAUUUAAUUGGACAACACAUGAUUUUGGAAAUCAUUUUUCACAUAUGAUGACAGAUGGAAGUGCCUUCAUAUUGUUCAAUCAAGCAGCCAAAGCUGGAAGAAGAUCCAAAAAAUUUCAUGGUGGCAUAAAAGCAAAAUUUUUUACAAUUACAGUAGAAAAUGUAAAUAUGUCGAUCAAUUAUCGCAAUCUUCUUAUUCGUUCUCUUCUUAUUCUUCAACACACGGAAUUAAAAAAUCGAACAUUCAUUUUCCCUGCUUUUUCGUCGAAUUUAACCACUAUUCCAAUAACAUAUCAACUUGACAUUAAAAAGUUUUUACUUUAUUGGACUGAAGAACAAAUUCGAUUACCUGAUUUUCUUCUACUUGAAACAUCUCGUGCGAUACCAAUUACGACGCUUCCAUAUUUAUCUAAGAAAACAUAUGAAGAUGUUGACGGAAUAUUAAAUCUAACAUUAGAUUCAAUUCCUCUGGACUUAGUAGCUCCCUCAGCGCAAUUUGAAGUUCAUGUUCGAGAUUCUCUUCUAUGGUGUUCACCGCCUAUUCAAGGUGGUGCAUGGUGUAUUCAUCAUCCUAGAGAUUUCGGUGCAACAAUGGAAAUAUUAUUUGCUUGUCGAGGUGAUCCAUAUCCACCUUGUGCAAAUAAAACAGAAAAAAAUGAGCAAUUUCGGGAAAGACCUUACGAAAAGAAUUAG